AUGUAUUGGAGGCGCCGUAACGUCACCUUCUACCAUAAGAACAAAGUGACCGGUGUGUUUUGGGAUUUUAUGACGAAAGACCUCGCUUUCUUCGAAGGUUUCCGUCAGAUAUACAAAGAAUACCCCAACGAGCCAGCUGUGGGAGUCGGUUCAUUCCUAACGCCAGCUUUAUAUGUUAUAGAUCCUGUCAAUAUACACCACGUAGUGACCGCAGAUUUUAAUUCUUUCAACCAUCGAGGGAUAGAGACGAACGUGAAUGACCUCCUAGCAGAUAACAUUCUUUUCAUGAAUGGAAAUCGAUGGAGAAUCGUACGACAACACAUGACGCCACUAUUCACAUCGACGAGGCUCAAGUCCAUGUAUUAUAUUAUAGACAAGAGUGCACGAGAUUUUAUCACGCAACUGAACAGCAACCCCAAAUUAUUGACACAAAACGUUCAAGAUACCCUUUCGACAUUUUGCAGUGCAGCGAUAUGCGCUGCGGUGUUUGGGGUGACCACGAAAUCGAUUUUCGAUUCUCCCUUUUUGGAUAUGUCAAAAGAAGCUCUCUCGUCAAAUUUUAUAACCAACCUCAAGUUUACCCUUGGCAACAUAAGCCCGCCAGUGUUCAAAGCCCUUAAAAUAAGUUUUUUUAAGGACCAUGAGAAGUUCUUUAUCGGGGCAAUUAAAGAGAUCUUAAGGAAACGCGAACAAGAGAAUGCGAAGAAAUACGAUUUCGCUGAUUUGUGUGUUCAGUUGCAAAGCAGUGGUAAUAUGGUAGAUAGGAGCACGGGUUUAGAGUUGGCACCCACUGAUGAACUGCUUGCUGCUCAAGCUUUCUUCUUCUUUGUUGCUGGUGUAGAUCCUGCAGCAAGCGCAAUGUUCUGCGCCCUCGUCGAGCUAGGACGUAAUCCGAAGUACUUGAAGAGGCUUCAUAAGGAAAUAGAUGCUACAUUUGAGAAGCACAAUAGCGAAUUGUCGUACGAUGCAAUAAAUGAUAUGGAAUUUCUAGAAAUGGCAUUAAGUGAGUCGUUAAGAAUGCAUCCACCGAUCGGAUUCUUAACAAGACAAUGCGUAAAUGACACAGUUCUUCCCACUGGUAACAUAAGGGUGGCUAAAGGUACAAAGAUUUUCACACCUAUAUUCGAAUUACAUCACGAUGAAAGGUAUUACCCGGACCCCGAAGUAUAUAAUCCAGAAAGGUUUUCCCCGGAAAAUCGGCACAAAAUAGCCAGUGUCGCCUUUCUUCCAUUCGGAAAAGGAAAUAGGGUGUGCGUCGGGAAGAGGUAUGCGACUCUACAAGUUAAGGCUGGGUUAGUACACUUACUACGCAACUUCACAGUGAAGACGAUUGUUAAAGAUGGCGGAAUUAGAUACAGCAAGCAACAAGUGCAAGUGAGGUUGGAUAACGUUGACGUGGAAUUAAUACCGAGGGAUAUUAAGAAUUAA